AUGGGGCCGUCCUCACUACUUCUCCUGCUUGGAUCGGCAACUGCUGUUCUUUGUGGUGACACUUGUGACAAGGACUCCUGCCCAACCAUGCCCAACAACGAGAGGACCUUUAUUGCCGUCAAGCCCGAUGGAGUCCACAGGAAUCUGGUUGGAAAAAUCAUCCAACGAUUCGAGGAACGUGGUUACAAGCUUGUCGCCCUUAAAAUGAUGACUGCAUCCAAGGAACAUCUCGAGGUCCACUACCAAGAGCUCAAGGACAAGCCGUUCUUCCCACAUCUGAUUAAGUACAUGGGAUCAGGACCAGUUGUGGCAAUGGUCUGGCAAGGUUUGGACGUUGUCAAGCAGGGACGUGCCAUGCUUGGAGCCACCAACCCAUUGGCAUCAGCGCCAGGAACAAUCCGAGGUGAUUACUGCAUCCAGACGGGUCGCAAUAUCUGUCACGGAUCUGACUCAAUCGAAUCGGCUCAACGAGAAAUCGCUCACUGGUUCAAGCCUGAGGAGAUCAAUGACUAUGAAAGCCCAUUCAUCAACUCGUGGGUUUAUGAGUAA